AAAAGUACAGGAGCCACUGAGCCAGCUUGUAGUAUAGAAAUGGAAAUAGUACUUUGAAUAUCCAUUUGCGUUUGGUAAAAAGUGAUGGCGGAAAACUAAUACCAGCGGCGACUCUGCUCAGUCUCCGAAUGUCGCAAUAAGCUCGCGCGGUAUUAAUUUAGUCUCCGAUCUGCUGUUGCGGAGGCCGUUCAUCAGCAACAAUGGCCUCCUUCCUCUCUCUCAGAUUAAACCCGAGCAAGCUGUUCUCGCUAAACUCCCCAAACCCUAACCCUAAUAUCUUCUCCGCCGCGCUCUUCCGAACCGCCGCUAACCUCAACUCUCUCGCCAUUCCGAAACCCUCACACCCCAUCUCCCUCCCGUCCGCGUCAGAUCCCACUGCCCUCUCUAAAUUUCUACUACUAUACAAACCCACAAACCCUAAUCCUCUAAAACUCAGAUCCCCUUCCUUUCUCCCCUUCCGAUCCCAUUUCCUCUACAGGAACCAUUCCUCGACCCCGCCGGAGAGCGGCAGCGCCCCCGGAGACGAGACUCCCGCGAGCGGGAGCGGCGGCGGCGAGCUCCGGCACCAGGAGAUCGUGGGCCCCACGGUGGAGCGCGACGUGUCGGCGCUGGCGAACGAGACGCGCCAGGUGCUCGACGCUAUGCGCAAGUCGGUGUACGACCUCAGCUCGGCCCUCGCCGUGCUCGGCCUCGCCCACCUCGGCCUCGGCGCGUGGAUCGCCUACUCGGCGGGGCGCACCGACGACGCGGUCGCCAUACAGGGGCUCGCCGCGUUCGGGUUCCCGUUCUCCUUGGCGUUCUUAAUGCGGCGGACGCUGAAGCCGAUGAUGUUCUUCAGGAAGAUGGAGGAGCAGGGGCGGUUGCAGAUCCUGACCCUCGCGCUCCAGGUCUCGAAGAAUCUGAACCUCUUGUUCCUGAGGACACGUGUCAUUGCGCUGUGCUGCGCCGUUGGAAUUGCGGCGGGGUCUCUGGCCGCGCUGUGGCGGCGGCAAGAUGGGCUCGCCUCAGAAUCUUGAUUAGGUAAAUUUUUUUGCCUUUCCCCCCCUUGUUUUCUAAUAAUGAAUGGUGACAUAGAUGCUUAUAAAGAUGAUGGCUCGUUUGGUAUAUAAAGAAGAUAUGUUAAUCUCAGAGCACUUUGGCUCGGAUUCACGUGUCAAAUUGAUACUUUUGAUAUAUCGUGUAUGUUCCGAAACUUGUGGCAACCACGAAGAAUUUACUUCUGGUAAUUUUGUUUAUUUAAACUGCAUUCAGAUUUGCUGCUAUCCAAAGAACAUCUCUGGUAAGAGAUCUAAAUUUGUUAA